UAGUUUAAAAAUUCUUUGGUUGUUUUUAUUUUCAAUAUUUGGGAGGGAGCUUCUGUUCUGGUCAGCUGUUCCGAGAGUCGUCUGUAGUUCAGAUUUCAAUUGUCAUUCAAAGUCAGUCAAGCCAGGUGUCAUCAGAUCAGCUUUUUGUCUAAAUACUAUGGCUUCCGUACGUUUUCCCAAUUCCGAGGAAAUAUGUCGAAAUUGCAACCAUCCUAUUGCAGGAUGCUGACCUCAAAUGUUGGAAUGCAAUUCUUGUCUUUUUUACGUGCAUCGAACCUGCUUGCCAGGAAAAGGUACCAGCAGUACUGAAUAUGUGCGUUUGAAAAAGCAAAAGGAAGCUUUCCAUUUCAAAUGUAAUCCGUGUAGUAAUGUAGAAGAAUUUGUACAUUUGGGUAUUGGAAAUGGACGUGAUAUUGAUCAACCUGUAGCUUCAUCAUCAUUUGUGGCGGCUGAUGUUGAUCAACAUGUAGCUUCAUCAAGUCGUGGCCGUGGCCGACCAAGAGCCGUUGUGGCCGAUGUUAGUGAUCAACCUCCAUCUUCAUCUAGUCGUGGCCGUGGCCGACCAAGAGCCGUUGGGGCCAAUGUUAUUAUCAACCUCAAUCUUCAUCAAGUCGUGGCCGUGGCCGACCAAGAGCCGUUGUGGCCGAUGUUAGUGAUCAACCUGUAGCUUCAUCAAGUCGUGGCCGUGGCCGACCAAGAGCCGUGGUGGUGGCCAAUGUUAGUGAUCAACCUGUAGCUUCAUCAAGUCGUGGCCGUGGCCGACCAAGAGCCGUUGUGGCCGAUGUUAGUGAUCAACCUGUAGUUCCAUCAAGUCGUGGCCGUGGCCGACCAAGAGCCGUGGUGGUGGCCGAUGUAAGUGAUCAACCUGUAGCUUCAUCAAGUCUUGGCCGCGGCCGUGGACAUGGACGAAAUGUUGAACGCCACCUGAUCCUAUGCCAACAAUUGAUCAACCGGCAUCUUAUUGAAGCCGUGGCCGUGGAAGUCAUACAGUGCCACCAGUUACUACUAUUGCGUCACUCACAGUAAAUAUCGUGUUACCUUUUUCAGCAAGUUCACCGAGGACUUACCCCUUGAAUUGCCGAUUGCAAUGAACUUCACUUGUCCUCAGGAUUUAAUAUCCCCAAUCGUAGCUGGAAUUAAGUACAAAGCAAAAUACAUUUUCUGGUUUAUAUUUGGAAGUGAUCAUAUUAAAAAACUAUUUGAUGUUAACAGGGUAACAUCGUUCUGCCAAAUAUAAGUUCUGAAUCUUCUGGCUUGUUUAACCAAGCCGUGGCUCACAACUUGCUGAUUGGAGUAGCCGAUACGAUAUUCCUAUCCAAACAACUGAGACAACUGUGCAGAUCUUUUAUCCUGAUCUUUUAUCCUUUUGCAUUUAUGUUGAAAACACCUGGAUUAAUAGCUCUAUCUGCCCCCCCCCCCGAAAAUUGGUCUAUGUUUAUGCAAAUGCGCAGACCCAACAACCAUGUAGAAGGAUUCCAUAACUCCCUCCGUGUUCUUGUUAACUCCAACUCCCCAAAUCUCGUAAAAUUUAUUGGAAUAGUGCGUUCAGAGGCAGAAUCCAUUGCUUUACAGGCCAAACUAUUAUCUCAAAAUGAAGCUUUGAGUAACUUACGCAAAGACACUCUAGAAAUGCAGCACUGUCUUUCCACAUUUUGGCAGGAUUAUAAUGAUCAACGGAUUGGUUCAGAAAAACUUCUUCAACUAUGCGCUUUUCUUUUCGCUAAGCAUAAUAGGAAUAAAUUUAGGGCGUUGAUUGAUGACCAAGUAUGGGGCCGAAAUGUUAGGGUCCGAAACGAAGGGAUACCAAAACAGAACACCAUUUUUCUAUGCAACGGAUGGACUAAAUUUUUUGAAAGACGCACUAGUGAAAAGGAAAUUCAUUUUUCUUUCAGAAUUACUGUAAUUUUAUUCAAUCUAUUGAGUGUAAGUGAAGAUACAAUCAAAAAUGUAAAGAUGUAUUUUUUUCGAUCUUUUUUGGUCGUUUACCUGGCAACAGAUGGCUGUACCAUUUAACCCGGAC